AUGUUGAGAGAGAAGAGUGAGGAGCUGCUGGCUGAACAGACUCGACGCAGACAGGACGAGGUUUGUACAGAGCGGGCUGUGCAGCUACAUACAGCAGCAGAAAGAGGAGGUGGAGGUGGAGCAGCUCUUUGCUCAGCUGUGGGAGAGCGACUGGUGAACCAAGGAGGAGCGGGAGUGCCAGGAGGCGCAGAGGCAGCGCCAGAGUAACCUGCAGCAGCUGGCCAACCUGCGUGUUCAGAUGGAGGCGGCCAAGCAGCUCAAAGAGGAGGAAGCCCAGCUACUGCUAGCAGUGGCGAUUUUAGCAUGUACAUCUUGGUGGGGCAAGAAAUAAAAAUGUGGGAUGCAUGCCAGCAAAGCCACUACACUACACAACACAACACUGAACAAUACAUUAAUUGCACUAUAACGGUGACAAACGGUGCCCACAAACUGUUAGAGCCUACAUAAAGCUGUCCAACAGCAGAGUCUGGCAGCGAAACAGUUCAUUCAGCCUCAUUUACUGCAUAAAAAAAAUAAAAUAAAGGGGGCAUAUAAGCAGACAAUGAAAGCUCUUACAAUAUUCAAUGAUUACAUUUCUCAAAAACAGGUUAUAGGCUACAUGUGCACCACCAAGUCAGAACAGUAAGCGAAAUUAAAAGGUGAAAAUAUACCAAAUUAUUAAGGUGAGGCACAUGGGCUACUAACAGCUUACUACACAACAUACACUUAGUAUUACUUUCUUAGCUACAGUAUGCAUAUAUCCCUGGAAUAUUGCAUAAUUUAUGCAGCAGCAUACAAUACAUUUUUGGACUCUGUGGGAAAAUGUUGUCAUCAAACUUUGUCAUCAAAGUCUGGCAUUCUCUGGAUUUAUGGUGCUUUCAAGAUAACUGGGAACUGGAAGAAAAAAAAAGGUAGAAUCAUGAUGACGUCAGUGAUCUUCAGGUCAUAGCUCUAGAAAGAGGCCCGAGUUCCGGAUUUACAAUUCCGAGGUGGAUUAAAGUUCAAAACGUAUUUUCCCAGUCGUAGCUCGUUUCUCCCGAGUUCCCAGUUGUCUUGAACUCACUAAAGUCAGAUUUUGCAGUUCCGAGUUAACAGUUGUUUUGAGCGCGGCACAAAUCAUGCUUCAUUGACAGCAUGGCCAAUGUUGAAUGUUUAUCAUUUUAAACUAGGAAAAGAGACCCUAUAAUUUCUCUUCCUGAUUUCUCUUCAUAUGACAAGGACUAAAAUGAUUUGCCAGUAGAUUGUCGACUUGAUUCAUGAUAAUGUCUGCUAGCUAAGAUUUUGAAAGUAUGAUGUUGACAUGAUCAGUCCAAUCAAAGCUACUGUAGAUAUAACGUGAUUUGACGUCAUUUUAUCUGUGGCCAAUGACCUUGAGCCUUCUUGGAUGGGCACUUCUAAUGUAACUAUGGCAGCAUCCAAUGGGCUUGAAUUUUCUAGAUCUACCCUUAGACUUGGCGGUGAUGUAGUGUCCCCAUGAGUGACUGAACACUGAGCCAAUCACGGCACAACGCUCCGUAUUUUCUGCUGGCUUGCCCGACCACCACAGAAAGCACUGAGCUAGGCUGAAACACCUGCAUUUUGGUGCUGCCUUACUCAAGAAAAGUAUUAACUAAAUUAUAUAUAUAUUUUUUACAUUGUUUGCAAACUGAUAUGUGACACGUAUUAAUGUGCAAAACGUUUUCUUUUUCUUUCUUUUUUAGCAAAAAAUGUGGGGCUCAAAACAGGUGGGGCUCUGCCCCACUUGCACUAACGGACGGGUCGCCACUGACUGGUAGGCUAAUUCAGCCUGUAGCUGAGAUGUUUCUCUCUGAGUCUAUGUGUGUUUCUGCUCUGUGAUCACUAAUUGAGCCCUCUGUGUCUUUCUCUGUGUGUGUGCCAUGGGGAGCAGAGAGAGAUGCUGCGUCUGGAGGAGCAAAGAGAGUGCCAUCAGAAGCUCCAGGUUCAGGAGAGCAGGCUGCUGAACCACUAUCUGAGGCUGAAGAUGAAGCGCCUGGCCAGGGAGCAGGAGGACGAGCUGGCCCUGGACAUGAGCAUCCUGGAGCAGCUGCUGACGGAGGAGAGGGAUGAGAAACAGGGCGAGGUCAUGAGGAAGGUGGGAAUGUCGAGUCGUAUUAUCAUAUUAAAUUACCACAUUGUCAGUCUGUUUGGCACGCAAAAGGAAAUCUUAUGAAACUAAACGAGGCAGAGGACAACUGACUGAGCGUGUGUUUUUACAGCUUGAGCUGCGAGUGGGGCAGAGUAGCUUGAGGAGCAGAAGGGACAGGAGGCGGAGACAAAGCAGCUGAUAGAGCUGAAGCAGACCUGGGUCCAGAGGCCAGGGAUAGGCUGAUGAAGGACGUGAUGGACACGCCGCCUGCAGAUCCAGGAGAAAUGGAAGGAAGGGGAGGAAAGGAGAGCUUCAAGUUUGAAGUUUUAAUGUCACAUGCACAAGUACAGUGAAAUGCCUUUCUUGCAAACUCAAAACAUAACAAUGUAAUAAUCAAUUAUAAUGUAUUACUAGAAAAAAAAACACAACAAAUAAGAAUUAGGCCCUGUGAGUGUGCAAAUAUUGAAAUAAAAGGUCAAUAAAGAUACAAGGUAAACAAGGACCGUGUAACUAUUUUGUUAGCUAUUUAUCAGCCGUAUUGCUUGGAGAUAGAAGCUGUUCAAGAGCCUGUUGGUGUCAGACUUGAUGCACCGGUACCUCUUGCCGUGCGGCAGCAGAGAGAAUAGUCUAUGGCUUGGGUGGUUGGGGUCUUUGAUGUUUUUCCGGGCCUUGUUUUCACACUGCCUGAUAUAGAGGUCCUGGAUGGCAGGGAGCUCGGCCCCAGUGAUGUACUGGGCUGUCCGCACAACCCUCUGUAGCGCCAUGUGAUCUAGUGCGGUGCUAUUGCCAUACCAAGCAGUGAUGCAGCCAGUCAAUAUGCUCUCAAUGGUACAGCUGUAGAACCUUUUCAGGAUUUGAGGGCCCAUGCCAAACUUUUUCAACCUCCUGAGGGGGAAGGGGCACUGCCGCACCUUCUUCACGACUGUGCGUGUGUGUUUGGACCAUUUGAAGUCUUUAGGGAAUUGGACACAGAGGAACUUGAAGCUGUCUACCUGUUCCACUGCCACCCCGUCGAUGUGGAUGGGGGCGUGCUCACCCCCUCGUUUCCUGUAGUCCACGAUCAGCUCCUUGGUCUUACUGAUGUUGAGGGAGAGGUUGUUGCUCUGGCACCACACUGCCAGGUCACUGACCUGCUCCCUGUAGGCUGACUCAUCAUCGACGGUGAUCAGGCCUACCACCGUUGUGUCGUCAGUGAACUUGAUAAUGGUGUUGGAGUCGUGUGGCCACACAGUCAUGGGUGAACAGGGAGUACAGGGGGCGUUAAGCACCCGUGUUAAGCAUCAGCAUGGUGGAGGUGAUGUUGCCUACCCUCACCACCUGGGGUCAGCCUAUCAGGAAGUCCAGGAUUCAGUUGCAGAGGAAGGUGUUCAGUCCCAGGGUCCUAAGCUUGGUGUCGAGCUUAGAGGAGACAAUGGUGUUGAACGCUGAGCUGUAGUCAAUGAACAGCAUUCUCACAUAGAUAUUCCUCUUAUCUAGGUGGGUGAGGGCAGUGUGUAGAGUAAUUGAGAUUGCGUUGUCUAUGGAUCUGUUGGGGCGGUAUGCAAAUUGGAGUGGGUCUAUGGUGGAGUGAAUGUGUGCCAUAACCAGCCUCUCAAAACACUUCAUGAUUACAGAAGUGAACGCUACAUGGCGGUAGUCAUUGUGGCAUGAAGCCUUGGAGUUCUUAGGAACAGGAAUGAUUGUGGUCCUCUUAAAACAUGUGGGUAAUAUAGACUGGGACAAGGAGAGGUUGAAAAUUACCGUGAAUAUGCCUGCCAGCUGUUCUGCACAUGCUCUGAGAAUGUGACCUGGAAUACCGUCGGGGUCCGCGGCCUUUCGGGUGUUGACCUGAUUAGAGAUCCUUCUCACGUCCGCCUCGGAGAGCGAGAUCACCCAGUCCUGUGGGUCGGUGACGGCCCUCACACCCGGCUCGAUGUUGUUGUCAAAACGUGCAUAUUCAGUACCAGCAGUAGUUGCACUUGAGCAUGAUAUACUGUUAUCCUCUGUGACACAGUGUUGAUUCACAAUGACUUGUUUAUACCUGUAAUCUUAUAUAUUGGAUGUGGUAUCAUGGUGUGUGUGCUUGUGUGUUUGUGCUUCUACCUUAGUGGAUCUGAACAUGCAGAAACUAGCCCAGCUAGCCAAGGAGAGAGUAGAGCUGAACAAAACCAUACAUUAGAACAAACUGCUGGAUGAGGAAGAUCAAUUAUUCUGACAGGCGUCCUCUCACAGCAAUACACAUACCAUUUUUUCUCCAUAUCUCCAGCCCUCUUUUACACACAGCAAAAGUAUUCGCAAUGAAUCCAUAUCUCUGCUUUCCUCUCCUAGUCUGAGAUGGGGCUGUCAGGAGUUCCAGGCAGACCUGCUGGCCUAGCUGCAGUUGCGUGAUGAGGGAAGGGUUCAGACAGAGCAGGAGCACCAGCAGGGCCUGGUCUACCAGGACCAGUAG